CUAUCCAACGCAGGGAAACACAGCUCAUCCGGACAGGAGGGAAUAUUCGACCAAAAACACCUCCACAACAUAAAAAGAAGAUAACUUCCAUACCACCUAAGCUCCGAAUAACAACAGCAAACUUCUCACCGACGAGAACCUUACCACAGCAAGCUCAUCGAUCAGAAACACUCGGCACCCUCACCCUCACAUGGCCGCCUCCUCUUCCACCACCACCACCACCAAGGAAAACCUCCUCUUCCCCCCACCUCCCCCCUCCGUCAUCUCCGCCCCCCAAACCCUCCCCAACGCCUCCCUCGAGCCAGCCUCAAUCCAAUCCAUCAUCACCAGCCUCUCCCUCACCGCCUUCGUCGAGGGCGGCUACAUGGCCGAAACCGAUCGCAACACCCUCGAGAUCCCCUCUCCCUUUCCUCUCUAUCCUGCCACCACUUUCUCCAAUACUACCCCGGCGGCGGACCCAAACUAUGAGUUCGACCCAAACUCCUACUAUCGCCCGGGGUUUGACCCGAAGCUGAGGAAUGCUUCGACGACUAUUUAUUAUUUGCUUACCGGCACCAACGGUGGCACGAAGGGUGGCAAGGAGGGGCCUGGGGGUGGGGGUGGGGGUGGGGGUGGGGGUUCGCCAAAGGGGUAUCUACACCGUAAUCGGGGGAGGAUUAUUCAUACGCUGCAUCGCGGGAGGGGGAGGUACGUGAUCUUGCACGCGGAUGAGACGCCUUGUAGGGUGGAGAGUUUUGUGGUGGGCAAGAAUGUGGAGAAGGGAGAAAAGGUGCAGUGGAUUGUGGAGGGGGGGAAGUAUAAGGGGACUUUUGUUUUGCCUGUUGAGGAUGGUGAGGAUCAUGACGAUGAAAUGAUUUUCAUUUCGGAAACGACGGUGCCGGGGUGGGAGGUGUUUGAUCAUGACUUUUUGGAUCGGAAGGGGUUGGAGAUGUUGAUGGAGGGGGAUGAGGAGAAGAUUAGGCAGUUGGAGUGGUUGGUUAAGGAGGAGGAGUGAGGUAAGUUGGGACAAGUUCGGUGCGCAACAAGAUGGUGAGGGUGUUGGUUGGGUGGGUGGAUGGCAGACAGACUUUUGAUGGACAAGGUGGGAGACAUGGCUUCGUAUGAUGAGUCCCUUGUGUUGAAACCACAGAAAUGGAGUGAAUGACGGAGUGAACAAU